AAUAAAACACGAGGAUCCAGAAACCUGGAGAAUAAAACACGAGGAACAAGGAGGGAUGAUUGAAAAAAACAAGAAUGAAGAAAUGAGUGAAGUUGAAGAGAAAAAUCACGUCAAAACUGGAGAAAAACCCUUGAGUUGUUCUCAAACCAAAGAAAAAUAUUUAAAUAUAAGAAAAGCUAAAAAAUCUUUCACCUGCACUCAUUGUGGAAUGAGUUUGACGUGCAAAUACAAUCUUGAUGUUCACAUGAGAGUUCACACUGGAGAGAAACCACACACAUGUGGUCUGUGCGGGAAGAGUUUUGCACAAUCAUCGCACCUUAAGGAUCACAUGAACAUCCACACUGGAGAGAAACCUUACAAGUGUUUACGCUGUGACAAGAAAUUCAGUCAUUCAGGAAAUCUGAAUACACAUGAGAGGAUCCACACCGGAGAGAAACCGUACACAUGUGAUCAGUGCGGGAAGAGUUUCACAAUAAAGGGCAAUCUUACAGAGCACAUGAGAGUUCAUACCGGAGAGAAACCAUACACAUGUGAUCAAUGCGGGAAGAGUUUCACACGAUCAGGAACCCUUAAGAAACACAUGAACAUCCACACUGGAGAGAAGCUUUACGCAUGUGAUCAGUGCGGGGAAAUGAUUUUAAAUGCUUCAGCCCUACAGCAGCACAUGGAUGUUCAUACAAAGGAGGAACCACAUUCAUGUAAUUUGUGUGGAAAGAGUUUUUUAUGUCUACAAAGUUUGAAAGAACAUGAGAAAACUCAUACUGGUGUGAGAGAUCAUGUGUGCUUUGAGUGUGAAAAGACUUUUAGUUCAGCGAGCAGUUUAAAACGGCACCAGAGGAUUCACACUGGAAAGAAACCUUACAAGUGUUCACACUGUGACCAGAGCUUCAGUAAUUCAUCAAGUCUGAAAACACAUGAGAUGAUCCACACUGGAGAGAAACCUUAUCGCUGCACUGAAUGUGGGAAGUGUUUCAAUGAUUCAUCUGCUCUACACAGACAUACAAAAAACAUUCACAGUAAGUAGAUAAACUUCAGAUCGGAAUUGCCUCCUCACCAAAUGUGACACAAUAAUGAAUCAAGCAAUUCAAAAUAUAAUCUGGAUGAAUAAAUCCAUAACAAAGAACACGACAAAGAAACAUUAUCUAAAGUUUCACAGUGAGUAAAGUUCAUCACCAAAACCAGCAAAUUUAACUGUGAUUCAGAUCAACUCAAAGGUGGAGUUCCUUUCCAAAUUCCUGAGGCUUUUAAAAACUCCCAGCCUGGUUCAUUACUCAAAACCGCAAUCAUGGGUAAGACUGCCGACCUGACUGCUGUCCAGAAAGCCAUCAUUGACACCCUCAAGCGAGAGGGU